AUGACCUGUCCGCAGGCGGGAAAGUACCACCUGCUGCCGACGGUUUGUAGGGUCCUCUCCGGGGAGAGUGAAGUUUUUCACCAUGCGGAAGACGUUCCACUGCCUUUUCCAAUCAUUUGUCCAUACUGUGUUAUUUUGGUUCUUUACACACAAUUUGGCGUCAUCAGCUGGAAUGCUGCGACAGAGGAAGGGGCUUGUUCGGCCGAUGUUGGCCAGGAUGCCGGUGCUUUCGUUUCCCCAGAUGCCUGCAUGGCCGAGGACCCAUAUCAGGGUGACGUCGUCAUCAAGAAUUUCCUGGGAAGCUUGAAUGAAUGGGUGGCGACCCCGUACAUCGAAAUCGAAUUCCGUGACGCCCCGAAAAAGCGCAUCAAGCGCAACCUGUCGCUGGACUGCGACGAGAACGACAACGAAACGCGCUGCUGCCGGUACCCGCUGACGGUUGACUUCGAGAAGUUCGGCUGGGACUGGAUCAUCGCUCCGAAGCGCUACGAGGCGUCCUACUGUGCCGGCGAGUGCAUGCUCAGCUUCCUGCCCAAGUACGAGCACACCCACGUCAUGCAGCUGAGCACCUCGGCCAUCCCGUGCUGCUCGCCGAAGAAGAUGAGCCCCAUCAAGCUGCUGUACUUCGAUCUGAGCUAUCGCGUCAUCUACAGCACCAUCCCGAACAUGAUCGUCGAGAAGUGCAGCUGUUCCUAG